AUGGCCGAAACUCCGGAAAAAGUUGCAGCACGACUUAGGAAUCUGGAGCAACUAGCUCAAAGCUUUGGUUUAAUUCUUCAAAACCAGCUCAACAACCACCACCAUGGAGACGAUCCGCAAGCUGCCAUGGCGAAAAAGAUUUCCGCUUUGAAACCACUAACCUUUGUUGGUAGAGAAGACCCAUUACUUCUCGAAAAUUGGAUAAGAGACUUCGAAAAGAUUUUCACGACCACAGGUACGCCUGAGGCCCAGAAAGUAGACCAAGCGACCUUUUAUUUACAUGAGGACGCUGAUACUUGGUGGGAAAGUGUAGGACCAAUUGUUAAAGCUCAAGAGAACUUUAACUGGGAAACUUUUAAGGUAGCAAUUAAUGCUCGAUUCUUCCCCGAGCACAUUCGUAGGAAGAAAUACAAUGAGUUUAGUAGGUUCAACCAGAGCUAUAACAUGAGUGUGCAAGAGUACGCUCAUAAAUUUAAUGAGUAUGUCCGCUUUUAUCCAACUGUAGUUCCAGAUGAGGGAACUAAGUCUCAAAAGUUUGAAGACGGACUUAAGUUUGAUCUUCAGACUCUAAUGGGAGGUAGUACCUCAACUACUUUCGCAGAGGCGUAUGCUAAGGCCUCAAACUUAGAGAGAAUUCUACAGCGUGAGAAAGAAGUGCUAAGUAGACAUAAAAGGAAGGUACCUACUAGCAACAACAACCAAGGGUACAAUAAGAGUCCCAACAACAACAACAAUGGUGGACGCUACAACAACCGCAACAAUCAGAAUUCUGGGCAACAUACCCAACAAGGAAAUAGGAUCUAA